AUGUCAGUCUCCUUGUCGGAACGCAUCAAACAGCGCAGCGUGGUUCUGACAGACCUCGAUGGUUUGCUUGUCAAUGCAGAGAACUUCAAUCAAGUGUUUAUUCAACGUAUCGACCCCGAAUGGAUGACUACCACAAUUAACCGCGUAGUCAAGAGCGAAGUCCACCUGCAGAAGUUGGUUCAAGUGUUGAUCAGAUUCAUCACUUUUGAACUGCAUCCGCAGUGGACCUAUCACGCACUCGCAUGGUUAAAGCACCUACUUCUCUCGCCUUCGUCACCCCGAUUCCCACUUAGCUCCAGCUUACUUCAGGCUUGUCAGCCUCUUCUUUCCUAUGCGGCCGAAGUUUAUGGUCUCCAGGACCUUUACACCCAAGCUGCCUUACGUGGCACGAUUACAGAGAAGUGGUCGGAGAAGAUCGCAAUGGGGCAUGUCGUUCCUCAAAGAUUCUGUUACUCUGGUUUGGUUGGGAUUCCGUCCACAUGUUAUGUCUAUGUGGAUGAUUCGGACGAUGAAUCCAAUGAACGACAGGCAAGAACGUCUAAACGACAAAAGCAGAAAAACAAUGCAAUUGGAGAAGUUCAGCUAGCAUCAUGCUAUUUGAAGCCAGAGGAUUCCUCUGGCAGUGACGACACGAAUACGGACGAAUACAUGAGCGAGCAGGAGGAUGAAGAUGCCGCUGAUGAUGCACUUGAUGAGACCAACUAUGAUUCCGACCAUGGAGUGUUUGACGUUAACGAAACAGGCUCCUCUGAUGAGACAUCCAUCCAUGGUUCCCACAAUCACAUUCCGGAUCCUGAUGAUUGGAUUAGCGAUCCUAUUGAUUCCAGUCUUCUGUUCCAAAACCGGGCAUCCAAGGGAGACGGUCAUCCGAAGGAAGAACAUUCUGAUGAACCACCGAAUGAAACAGAUAAAGAGUCUGAGGAAUCUGAUGAAGAACUGGAUCUACUCAUGUGGACUAACCAGCACGCGAAUAAUACUGAUACAUCAUCUUCCGAAGCGGAACUGGAAAAGUCAACCGAUGCUAAAUCAAAACGCUCGUCAAAUGGCCCAAACCCCAAAUCUCCCCGUCUUGCGUCUGCGUCAAAGAGCCGUCCUCUUCGCACAUCUAGACGUUCCUCCAAAACCAGCACUCUCCGCUCUUCGAAGGAUACACCCGCAUCUCCUACUUUUAAAAAACGAUUGAGCAAGCGCCCUCGUAAAUCUUGACGAAUUCGUACCUUC